CCGCGGAGACUGUAAGCGAUUCAAGUGAAUUAAAAAGUGAUAACAGUGAAAAAGCUUCUGUCACUAAGCAGAAUUCGAUGUUUUGUUAGUUGAAUCUCAUCAAGGAAAAGCAAAACGGGAAAAAUGAAAACUUCUGUCGGCAAUUGUUCGAUUUGGUAUAGUUUCAUAUUCUUGUUGAGCCAUUGCGAUAGUAUUAGUGGAAAUGAUGAGAGUCCGCUGAUCUUCACAGUCGCAUCGGAACGAACAGAUGGAUAUUUACGCUACAUUCGCUCAGCAGAGCAUUACAAAUUAAGCGUGACAACACUUGGCUUAGAUAAGCCAUGGAAAGGUGGUGACAUGAACUUUCAAGGUGGCGGGUAUAAAAUAAACUUGUUUAAAGAUGCACUUGAACCCUACAAAAGCGAUGACAAUCGCUUGGUAAUGUUCACUGAUAGUUAUGAUGUCAUUUUUCUGGCACAAUGGGAGAGUAUCGUGGAGAAGUUCAAAGAGAUGAAGGCAAAAGUUUUGUUUUCAGCUGAAAAUUUCUGCUGGCCAGACGACGAACUCAAAACAAAAUAUCCACCUGUUGAAGGCGACGUUCAAAAGUAUCUCAACUCAGGAUUAUUUAUGGGAUAUGCGUCGAAUAUUUACAACAUUCUCAACUCACGCGUUAUCAAAGACACUGACGAUGAUCAAUUGUUCUACACACAUGUAUAUCUUGAUGAUAAACUUCGUGAACAAAAUAAAAUUAAAUUGGAUCAUAAAUCGAAUUUAUUCCAAAAUCUUAAUGGAAAUGUUGGCGACGUUUCAGUGUCAAUUGAUGGUGAAGGUGAAACAAAACUUCUCAAUAAAAAGUUCGUCACUCAUCCUGCAGUUGUUCAUGGAAAUGGACCAAGUAAGUUAGCAUUGAACAACUUUGGAAAUUAUCUUGCUGGUGCUUUCGUUGAUGGUGAAUGUAUGACAUGUCAGGAACAUAACAUUCCAGUUGAAGAUCGCGAAUCUUUCACCAUUCUUGUCGCUCUCUUUGUGGAAUUUCCAACGCCAUUUUUGGAAGAAUAUUUCGAUAAAAUCCUAACUUUGACUUAUCCAAAGAACAAAAUUCAUCUCUUUGUUCACAAUAAGAUUGAGUAUCAUUCAAAUCUUGUUGACACAUUCCUCAAUCAUGCGAGUGAAGAGAAAUAUCUCAGCAUUAAAGCAAUCAACGCUAAAGACGGAAUAAGCGAAGCAACUGCACGAGAAUUAGCCGUCAAUCGUUGUCUAACAAAGAAAUGCGAUUAUUUGUUUGUCAUCGACUCGGAUGUUCAUCUUGAGAAUCUCGACACUUUAAAUGAACUUAUCGCAUUUAAUAAGACGAUUGUUGCUCCAAUGGUCACACGCGUUGGUGGUGUUUGGAGUAAUUUCUGGGGAGCUGUCAGUGAGAAAGGUUUCUAUGCACGCUCAAGUGAUUACAUGACGAUUGUCAACUAUGAAGUGCGCGGUAUUUGGAAUGUCCCAUUUAUAUCUUCAUGCUACUUAAUCAAGUCAAAAAUACUCAAUAAACUUUCUUAUACCAAAGCUGAAGUUGAUGCUGAUAUGGCACUUGCUGAACAUUUGCGUAAUCAUGGAAUCUUCAUGUUUGUUUCAAAUCUAAACGAGUAUGGUCACUUAUUAAAUCCAGACAAUUAUGACAUUAAGAAAACUCGACCAGAGUUUUAUGAAAUAUUUGCAAAUCAAUUUGAUUGGGAGAAACGAUUCAUCAGAGAAGAUUACUACACGCAACUUCUUGAAGAAACUGUUCCGAAACAACCAUGCCCAGAUGUUUAUUGGUUUCCAAUUGGCACUGAGAUUUUCACUGAGAGUAUGAUUGACAUUAUGGAAGCUUUUGGUAAGUGGAGUGAUGGAUCGAAUUCUGAUCAACGUUUACAAGGCGGAUAUGAAGCUGUGCCGACUCGAGACAUCCAUAUGAAUCAAGUUGGCUUGGAAGCGAUUUGGUUGAAGUUUUUACAACUUUACGUGAAGCCAUUACAAGAGAAAGUUUUCAUUGGAUACUUCCACGACCCACCGCGUUCUUUGAUGAACUUUGUUGUUAGAUAUAGACCUGAUGAGCAGCCUUUUCUACGACCACAUCACGACUCAUCAACUUACACAAUAAACAUUGCCUUGAAUCGUCGAGGGAUCGAUUAUGAAGGUGGCGGUUGUCGCUUUAUAAGAUAUAACUGCUCGGUUCUUGACACUGAACGUGGUUGGAUGUUAAUGCAUCCUGGUCGCUUAACGCAUUUCCAUGAAGGUUUAACUGUCACUAAGGGAACACGCUAUAUCAUGAUAAGCUUUGUGGAUCCAUAAGCAAAUAACUCGCCAUAUCAACUGCUAUCGACAAAUAAAAAAGUUACUUACAAGAAUGAUUAGUGAUUUACUAAAUAAAAAUUAUGCCAAAGUUAAAUAUCGUAAAUCUAACUCAUUUUAAAAAGAAUUUUACAUUGAACAAAUAUCUAUAAUUAUAAUUAAGAAAAUUUAUUUUUUACAUUAGAAAACUUUUUCUUAUGUGUCACUGAUCAUUCUUUGUUCACUUAGAAUUAUUUAGGUUGUGCCGUAAAUGAUAGAGACAAAUAAUAUACAAUAAAGGAUGAAACAUUUUUAAUGCA